AUGAAAUUGAAAUAUAUCAAUAUUUUCUUAUCGAAAAAGUUUAGACAAUUAGGAUUAUGUAUUGGUAGAAAUCCUUCUUACUUUAUCGUCAUUCCGGUGAUUGUAUCCGUGGUAUUAGCUACGGGUCUUCACAAGUGGUACGAAGAAACAAAUGUAAAAUAUUUAAUUGCACCCAAAAAUACCAGACACGUUAUUGAAGAAGCCUCCAUAGAAAGAUUAUUUGCAAUGAAUCUAUCUUCCGAUGCACACAUGGGAAGGAUGAACAGAGAACCAAACAUAGCAGUACUUUUAGUUACGGCAAAAGAUGAAGGAUCUGUGCUUCGAAGAAACGUAUUUCAAGAAAUUAUUGAACUGGAUAAAACUGUCCAAAAUAUAAAAACUGCAGAAAAUUUUACAUAUAAAGAUUUAUGUGCAAGAAAUAACAAGAGAUGCUUCGAGAAUUCUAUUUUAUUAAUGCAAGAUGAAGUCGAAAACAACACUUAUUCCAUCAAAUACCCUUUAAGCGAGAGAAAUGAAUUCGAUUUUCAAUUAACGAGUCUAUUUUUAGGAGGAGUCGAAAAAAAUGCAGAAGAUUACGUUAAAAGUGCUAAAGUAUUGCGGCUUGUUUAUUACUUUAACGACUAUUUGAAAGUUCAAAGAAGCAGAGUCGAAGAAUGGCAAAAUCUCUUUUUAGAUCUUAUUGAAUCGAGUAAUUUUCAGUACAUAAUCGUCGAUCGAUACACAGCGAUUACAAUUGAACAAGAGUUGUCUUCUGUCGUCAGUCGAAUAUUUCCACGAAUACCGAUUGCAAUGUUAGCAAUAGCAAUCUUUUCAAUGCUGACCUGUUUGUAUAACAAUUGGAUCGAAAGCAAACCUUGGACAGGAAUAAUUGCAUUAACGUCGGGAGGAAUGUCUUUGGCUUCGUCAUUUGGAUUGAUCAUGUAUUUUAAUACACCGUUUGUGGCUCCUGCUGGAUCUAUACCCUUUUUAAUCAUAGGAGUAGCCAUGGACGACGCUUUUGUUCUUCUUGCUGCGUGGAAAAGAACCGAUCCACAGAAGACCGUUCCAGACAGACUCUCAGAAGUUUAUUCAGAAUCCGCCAUUUCUGUUACUGUAACUUCAGUAACGAAUUUCAUAGCUUUCAUUUCAGGACUGUUUACACCUUUUAGAUCCAUAUAUUAUUUUUGUUUAUACGCAUCAAUUGCUAUUCUCUUCUGUUAUAUUAAUCAGAUAACGUUCGUUGGUGCAUGCAUGGCGGUCUUUGGAUAUGCGGAGAAACAAGGAAGACAUUCUUUAUUCUUUACAAAAAUAAGUAUACAAACAGAAUACCACUCACGGAUUCAAAAAAUGUUCUUCACCGCCGAUUCUUGGAAAUCUACUAAAGAAACGACCACUCCUACGUCAUCAAUUUGGACGAAACUCGAUAAUAUUUUAUUCUUAUGGUAUGUCAUGAUAAUUAUUCUCCUUAUCAUGGCAGGACACGUAGCAGUUGGAGUUUUGGGAGUGACAAAAACAGAUACUAUAGGAUCAUUUUCCCACUCUUCUGCAUACGAUUCAUAUUACUUUCAAUAUCAUAAAAAUGUUUUUAAAUAUUUCAAGCAUUACGAAAACAGAAUCCAAAUCGUUGUCGAUCAAGAAAUUAAUUAUGCAGAUUUGGAAAUUCAGAAUCAAAUAGAAAAACUUUUUUCUGAAAUGGAGAGAGAAGGAUUAAUUGCAGAUUUUCUUACCGAGUCUUGGCUCCGAAGUUUUGUGGAAUUCGUCAAAGACGAUUCAAUGUCUGCGAUCGUAAAGUCGUACAACAUGAGCGACACAAAAGAUUUUAUUGUAGUUCUGCGCCGAAUGUUUCUACGCCAUCCGUAUGCACAACGAUUUCGUAAUGAUAUUGCAUUCAAUUCUGACUAUACAGCUAUCGUUGGAAGCAGAUUCUUUUGUCAGACUAAUUUCACUGUCGACGAAAAAUCGUUGAUAAUAACUUUACAGAGACUAAGGAAAAUCACUGAUAAAAUGCUAUUAUCACUUCUUGAAUUAUAUUGUCGACAGCAUUGA